CCCCAAACCCCCCACCCCCGGGCACUCCUCUCUCUCUCUCUCUCUCUCUCUCUCUCUCUCUCACUCUCUGUCUUCUUUUCUCUUUCAUGCAUGGCAAUCAUUGUGCAAUGAUGGUGUUGAGUUCUGCCAUAUUUCGUCGUUCGUCUUAGUCAUCCUAGAAAUCUAAGCAUUUUUCUUUGUAGGAAAAGGGAAAAAAAAAAAAAAAAAAAAGAGAGAGAGUGGAAACCUGUGUAUAGAGGACUAUAUAAGGAGCAUAUCCCAUGGGUAAGAAUUGUCCUCUAUCCGCAAAGUUCCUACUCAGAGCACUAGCAGCUCUGAGUCUCGUUUGGUUUUUGGUGUUUGCGAUGGCGGAAGCAGCUGGCGGUAGAGGAGCACCACCAACCCCGCCCUUGAAGGAGUGGUCGAAGGGGAAGGCGAGGAACUCUGAGUUGAUUGAUAGAGAGAAGAAGCUUGUUUUCCGUCCGCGGUCAGAUCUCUACUACAUGAGCAAGAGGAGAGUACCUAAUGGAUCUGAUCCUAUUCAUAACAGGAGAUCUGGGAACUCAAAACAACCUCCGGGUCAAGCAUAGGUAUCGAGAGAGAGAGAGAGAAAGAGACGGAGAGAAGACGACAGAAAUGUGUGUGCAGGAUUGCUUAAGUUCGUCUAGACAUGGGAUUGUAAUUAAAGUUAAUUAGAAAAGUUUGAGAACACUCCAGUACCAAAUGUUUUGCUGCUUGAUUGAUUGCCCGCCGUAUAUUCUCUUCCGGAAAGCAUUGUAUUCUUCGUGGCUAGCACUAGGGGAAGUCGAAGAAUAUUGGAAGCUUGUGUCGCACAAAAUAUGCUCUCCAGAAUCCAAAGAUAAAUCAUCCAGGGCAACUCAUCAGACGAAACCCUACUUUAAAUUA